UAUGACAACAGGGAGAUGGCUUCAAGCAAAUUGAUGAGGCACACGCAAAAUUAGAUUUUUAUCUGAACUGCAAACCCCAGACGUUCAGACAGGCUCGUCUUGUUAGAGUAGCAUGUCUCUGUUCAAGGCGCGUGAUUGGUGGGCCGCGGUGCUGGGUGAGGGUGAGGAGUUUGACCAGGGAUGCCUGUGUGUUGGAGAUGUGGACAACAGCGGCAGCGGACAUGAUAAGAUCGUGGUGGGCAGCUACAUGGGCAUGCUGCGGGUCUUCUCCCCCCACCCUGCCAAGCCUGGAGAGCCCAGCCCGGCCCACAGUCAGCUACUGGAGGUGCAGCUCAGAGACCCCGUCAUCCAGGUUGAAGUGGGCAAGUUUGUCUCGUGUUCAGAUCUGCUUCAUCUGGCUGUGCUGCACCCCAGAAAACUGUCUGUGUACUCCGUCUCAGGUACUGCUGGUAAUGUGGAGCAUGGGGUUCAGUACCAGCUCAAGCGGGUCUAUGAGCACAACCUCCAGAGGACUGCCUGCAACAUGACCUAUGGAACCUUCGGAGGGGUCACAGACCACCACUCUAUGUGUAUCCAGUCCAUGGAUGGCAUGCUGAUGUUCUUUGAGCAGGAGAGUUACUCAUUUGGCCGUUUCCUCCCUGGCUUCCUCCUGCCUGGUCCUCUGUGUUACUGCUCCCGCACUGACACCUUCCUCACUGUGUCCUCAGCACGACAGGUGGAGAGCUACAGGUAUGAGACGCUAGCGGUGGCCACGGAUGCAGAGACCAGACAGGAUGCUGAGCAGCAUAGCAAAACUGCAGGGAAGAGACUGACGGCUGACUGGACCCUGGUCCUGGGGGAGCAGGCCUUGGACCUCAGUGUCCCCUCCUUCUCUCCGUCCUCAUCCUCCAUCUUUGUUUGCGGCGAAAGGAACCUGUACUGCCUCAAAGACAACGGACAUAUCCGCUUCAUGAAGAAACUGGAGUACAACCCCAGCUGCUUCCUCCCCUACGCCUCAGUGUCUGAAGGCACCACCAACACCCUGGUCGGUAACCAUAACAACAUGCUGCUGGUGUACCAGGAUGUGACGUUGAAGUGGGCCGCCCAGCUCUCCUGUUCCCCCGUGGCUGUCAGGCUCGCUAACUUCCCGGAUCUGAAGGGUGUGGUGGUGACCCUGAGCAAUGAGGGCCACCUGCAGUGUUCCUACAUGGGCACAGACCCCUCCUUCUUCUCCACGCCCAAGGUGGACGCCCGCGAACAGGACUACUCCCAGAUCGACACUGAGAUGAAGAGUCUGCAGAGAGUCAUCAGACAGGCCACCAGGACCCAGGCUGAUAUUCUUCCUGUAGCAGAGACAGAUGAGGAUCUGACUGUUACAGCCACAGUCUCCACUAACAUGGACAGCACAUCGCAAGCGCUCAUCCCGGACAUUGAUGGUCUACCCGUCCCCUCAGUCACAGUGAAGAUCAAGGUGACGAGUCGCUGUGCAUUGCAGGGUCCUAAACUGACUGUGUGUGUUCAGCCUCCACUGGCUGUCACCCAGGAUCAGCUUGUGUUGGAACCUCUGGGUGUUGGGUCUACCACUGUGGUGGCGUUCUCUGCCUUCCUGAAUGGGCAGUACCCACCAGCAGACCUGACUGGAGACGUGGCCGUAUCUUACAGCUCUCCUACAGGCAUCCCGAGGGUGGCCCAGUGUACGUUCUCCCUGCCCCUCCGUCUGGUCUGCUGCCCCUCCGCCCCCUCCAAGAACGCCAAGUACAAGAUCACCGUGGAUACUAACAAACCACCGGUCAACCUCAGCGAGGUCUUCCCAGACUUUCUGGAUAAGUCUGAGGACAAGGAGGGAAACGCUCUGGCCUUCCACUUCCUCUCAGGGCCCAGAGUCACUGUACUGGCCUCCAAGACCUCCCAGCGCUACCGUAUCCAGAGUGAGAGUUUCGAGGACAUCUGGCUGGUGGUUAAGGAGCUGGUGCAGCGCUUCGACCGCCACUUUGCCAAGCAGGGAGUCAAAGACUUCAGAAACAGCUUUGCAGGCCCUAUACCUCUGGCUGAGUACUUUGAGACUGUCGACCACCACUUUGAGCUGCGUGUGAGUGCAGAGAAGUACCAGGACCUCCUGUCAGAGCGGGCGGUCCAGUUCAGAGCCAUCCAACGCCGUCUCCUGACCCGCUUCAAAGACAAGACCCCCGCCCCCCUACAGAACCUAGACACACUGAUGGAGGGCACCUACCGCCAGGUGAUAGCGUUGGCAGAUGCAGCGGAGGAGAACCGGGCAUGUCUGAAUCAGGCGUUUGUCCGCCUGCGCAGCGCCACCCACCUCCUCAUCCUCCUGGUCUCCCUGUGGCAGGGCCUCAACACAGAGCAGAACACCAUCCUGGAGGCUACGCUGUUACCCCUGCUACAGGACACACCACAGCUGGGUUGGGAGGAGAGUGUGGACGCGGCCGUGUCUCACCUCCUGAGGACCUGUCUGUCUCGCAGUCCUAAGGACCAGGCCCUGUCUCUGUCCACCUCCCAGCUCAGCAUGCCCAAAGACACGGUCCGCCUGAAGAAGCACAUCACCCUGCUGUGUGACCGCCUGGGCAAGGGUGGACGGCUGUCCCUGGCCUCCGAGGCCAACGUACCCACACCAGUCAUGAUGCCAGGGGGCUGUGAGCCAAUCGCGGAGGCUGUUGCGGACUUGGAGGAGCCACCCCUGCAACAGGAGUCUGCCGCCAAGUUCAUCAAAAAGAAACAGCCAUCCAAGAAAGUCAAGUCCAAGACAGGUAUGUCAAGGGAUGGACACAUACAAACUCAGACCCUGGGUGUGGAAAGCUCAUCCUUAGCUUGUGAUUCACCCUUCUUUAGCUCGUACUGUAUAUGACUGGUCUCAUGUCUGCUGGGGCUGUUCUUAUGCUGUGUUCAGAUCGGGCUGAUGCUGGUCUCAUAUUAGGCUCGAUGUCUCUCUCUCUCUCUUUCCUCUCUUCCAUCUCCUCCCUCCAUCCCUCCCUCCCUGAUUGGCUCUAAUAGCUGGCGAAUUGCAAUUUUACUGGUCAUUAUCAAAGUUUAGAUUUUGGGGGGGUGCUUCAAAUAGUUUUUUAAUCGAAUGAAUUAAAGCUGUAGUUGGACUGACUGCUGUAACUGAGGAGGAAAAGGCACAGUGUUUUCCACCCUCAGAACGGGACGUUUUUUUCUGUUUGAUUUCCAAACAUAAUUUGUCUUGACCCAUUUUGUGUGUGUCU